GUUAUCGCUUAUCGACUUCUGCAGCUGUUUUCAAGAGAGAAAAAACUCUAAACAGGAAAACAAGGAUUUUGGAACUCGUGUUAGCCGCCGGAGCUGAUUGUAAAUAAGGACCCAACUGGAAACCACCGAGCACAUCAACCGCAGAGCCAUGGAGCCGCCAGCGUCGGCCGGAAUUUCCGGCUCGACGCACAAAUUCCAUCCGUGCGAUGAGGCUGUGAUAGCCACCAACGACGAUGCCAGCGAUUGCAAGCGAUGUGCGGUGCGAUUGGGCUACUGGAAGGAUGACUACAUCGGGUACUUUGUGCGUAAUCAGGAACGCAAGGCGCCGGAGAUCAAUCGCGGCUAUUUUGCCCGGGUCAAGGGCGUGGAGAUGUGCGUCGAGAAGUUUCUAAAGAAAACCUCGGGCAACUGCCAGAUCAUUAAUUUGGGCUGCGGAUUCGACACACUCUACUUCCGGCUGAGGGACACCGCCCACCAGGUGAAGAACUUCAUAGAGCUGGACUUCCCCACGGUCACCGCCCGCAAGUGCUAUACAAUAAAGCGCAACAAGGCCCUGCUAGCCAGGAUUCACGACGAGGAUGGAGAGGUUCGGCUCAGUCCCACAGAUCUCCACGGACCCAGCUACCACCUGAUGGGCGUUGACCUGCGUAACCUCGACGAGGUGGACAGCAAGCUGCAGCAGGCAGAAGUUGAUUACUCCCUGCCCACCAUAUUCCUCGCCGAGUGCGUUCUGGUUUAUAUCGAGGCGCAAAACUGCCGGAACCUGCUGAAGUGGAUUGCGCAAAAGUUCCAAGCAGCAGUCUUCGUCAACUACGAGCAGGUCAACAUGAACGACCGCUUCGGCGAUGUGAUGCUCAACAAUCUGCGCGGACGGGGCUGCAGCCUGGCCGGCGUAGAAUCCUGCUUGUCGCUGGAUACGCAGAGAAACCGCUUUAAGGACAGCGGCUGGACCGGCGCCCGUGCCUGGGACAUGGUGCAGGUGUACGAGAGCAUCUCGGCGGCAGAAAGGCAGCGUAUCGAGCGGCUGGAAAUGCUGGACGAGGGUGAACUGUUACUUCAGCUCUUCCAGCACUACUGCCUGGUGGUCGCCUGGCUGGGCGUGGCCUUCCAGGACAUAGAUAUCACGUGCGUGCCAGUCGUCGAGGAGUUAAUGUCCUCCCUGAACAUUGACUAGGGGUGGUGAGGGAGGAAAAAAUAAAGGGCCAACCUACUUGGAUGCCCUAUUUUCUCUUUCCGCUGUUUGGAAGGCCAUGCCAAAAUAUUUUGCUUCUCAACGUGUUAAACUAAACAGCAAA